AUGUCCGGCGAGCACUGGAAGCACGUUUGGCUGUGUAGUGAGAUUUUAGGUGUGGUUGAUAUUGGUAAACCUUUUGCUUGUCAGCAUUUCAUUUUGUUUAUUAAAGGGAGAUUUGUAUCUUGUAACUGGCUAGUGUUUCGGAACUCUUAUAUUCUGGAACUUGGGGCUGGAGCAACAGGAAUUCCAGGAAUUGUUGCUGCAAAAUGUGGUGCAAAGAAAGUUGUGUUAACAGAUCAUCCAGAGAAAGCAAAGGGCUUAAACUGGAAUUCCGCUGGCUGUUUAAGGAAUUGUUUGAUGGUGCUCGACAAAUUGGACUUUAUUUUUGCUGCAGAUGUUUUUUACGACCCUUCAGUUUUUGAACCUUUCGUUGGAACUUUAUGCCGUGUUUUCGAAAUUUUUCCAAAUGCGCAGUGCUUGUUUACUUACGAAGAGCGGGAAACGGAAAUUGGAGAGUAA